UGAUGAAUGGAAGCAAAGCAUGAGUGUCCGAUUCCAAGCAUCGCGUCGCACGAAAGCAGAGCCCAUUGUCCCCCGACAUCCACCCACCUCCUCCUUCUCCUCCUUCCUCUCUUUCGAUCCGUGAUCAGCUUCGCAGAGACGGAAAUCCGAUAGCUCUCCCUCCACCACUCAUCCCUGUACUAGUUCUCAUUUAUGGCUUUACCACUGGCAACUGCUGAAGCAUGUGAUGCUAACCCUCAUCUCAUCUCUAAUGGAGACCUUCGUGCUCUUCAACCCAUUUUCCAAAUCUAUGGCCGACGUCAAGUCUUCUCAGGACCAAUUGUCACCUUGAAGGUCUUUGAGGACAAUGUUCUUAUCCGUGAAUUCCUCGAAGAGAGAGGCAACGGCCGGGUUUUAGUAGUCGAUGGUGGUGCUAGCUUGCGGUGUGCAAUCUUAGGUGGUAACCCUGUUCAACAAGCUCAAAACAAUGGGUGGGCUGGCAUUGUGAUCAACGGGUGCAUCAGAGACGUCGAUGAGAUCAAUGGUUGUGAUAUCGGAGUAAGAGCUUUAGCUUCGCACCCGAUGAAAGCUUAUAAGAAGGGAAUUGGAGAGAAACAUGUGCCUAUUAAUAUUGCAGGAACUAGAAUUUGUGAUGGAGAAUGGCUCUAUGCUGAUACUGAUGGCAUUCUUAUUUCUCGGUCUGAGCUUUCUGUUUGAAUGAUUCAUCACUCAUCACUCGACCAUGAUGACACAUUCUGAUGACCGACCACGACGACACAUUCUGAUGGCCAAAUUGUGGUUUUGUAUUUAUUAUUAUAAUGGAAAGCUGAAUGCAUGAACGUAAAACAAUCACUUGUAUUACAGACUGAUGGCUAUUUGCUUAUGCAAUAAAUUUAGCAUGUACCAUAUGCUUCUCUUGGCAGGAA